CCCCGGCGUUAAUAGCAAAUCAGAAAAUCCACCAACGCUCUCCCUCUCGCGCGCGCUCAAGUCGCCUCUUUCGCUGGUCCUUCUCCAAUUGCUCUCUCUCUCUUCUUUGCCUUCUGAUCCUUCGUUCCGUCUCUCUUUUUCCGUUUCUUCCAGACAUUCGUUGCGGCGGCGGAGGAAAAGUAAUCCGACCAGAUUGGUCAUGGGUGAAGAAUUCUUUGAGUAACUGUUCCAUAGAUUCUCCUUAGUUUGAUACAAUGGAAGAAGAUGAAGAAAAGAAUCUCACAGAAGCUUCUGAUAGACAUUCUGAUGUGGCCGAACUACCUUGUCCUGCAAAGGAUAGGAUAGAAUCACUCACUCCAGGGAAUUCUGGUGUUCUUUGCGAUGAAGAUUCUGGGACAGGAGAGGAUAUCAUUGCAUUACAAGGGAUCAGUUCGGUUGAUGCAGUCUUCGAGGAUGAUGAUUUUGAACAUAGGAGGUCCUCAUUAGGUUUCACUGAAGGACAACUUUUGUCUGAGACUCUGGAGCUGCAAUAUGAUUCUGGCCCGAUGGAUGAUGUGCACAGUGAUCAAUUUUCAAGCACCGGGCCAGAAAGCGAGAUAGCUUAUUCAAUGAAGCAUUCUCACUCAGCAACUAGUCUGGAUUCUUUUUACAAUCCGGAAUCAGGAUAUUCCCCACAGAGGCCCCGGCCAAAAGCUGCAAUGCCAAAUGUUUCUCCAGAAUUAUUGCAUCUAGUGGAUUCGGCCAUCAUGGGGAAGCUUGAAAGCUUAGAUAAACUGAAGAAUAUAGUAAACGGUGUUGAGAUUUUUGGCUUUGGAGAGGAUCCGGAGGCAAUUGCUUUCCUAGUUAUCGAUUCACUUCUCGCAACAAUGGGUGGAGUUGAGAGUUUUGAAGAGGAGGAAGACAGCAACCCUCCUAGUGUGAUGCUAAAUUCUCGUGCUGCGGUAGUUGCUGCCGAGCUUAUUCCUUGUCUUCCUUGUUUAGGUGACAAUGUCAAUUUUAUGUCUCCUAGGACCCGCAUGGUGAGAGGAUUACUUGCUAUUUUACGUUCUUGCGUGAGAAACAGAUCUAUGUGCUCGAUGGCUGGGUUGUUGGGAGUUCUUUUGCAAACAGUUGAGGAUAUAAUUUCCAAGGAUGUUGAUGUGAAAUGGAAUGCAGCCCCUUUGUUUCUCUGCAUUCAACAUUUAGCCGGGCACUCUCUUAGUGUCAAUGAUUUGCAUAAGUUGCUCCAAAUUAUUAAACAAAAUCUUACAACAGUGUGGUCAAUUCCUUUGAUGCAUGCUCUGGAGAAGGCAAUGAGUGGAAAGGAGGCAAGGGGACCGGCAUGUACAUUUGAGUUCAAUGGUGAAAGCUCUGGCUUACUUAGUCCUGGUGAAAGUCGUUGGCCCUUUAUCAAUGGCUAUGCAUUUGCAACAUGGAUCUAUAUUGAAUCUUUUGCUGGCACAUUAAAUGCAGCAACGGCCACAGCUGCAAUUGCUGCCGCUGCAGCGGCCAAGUUAGGAAAAUCAUCUUCAAUGUCAGCUGCAAUGGCUGCAAGUGCGCUUGCUGGUGAGGGUACUGCUCACAUGCCACGCUUAUUCAGCUUGUUGUCUGCUGAUAAUCAGGGAAUAGAGGCAUAUUUCCAUGCACAGUUUUUGGUGGUUGAGAGUGGUAGUGGGAAAGGAAGAAAGGCUUCUCUGCAUUUUACUCAUGCAUUUAAGCCUCAGUGUUGGUAUUUUAUUGGCCUGGAGCAUACCUGCAAGCAGGGCCUUUUAGGGAAAGCAGAGAGUGAACUGCGACUGUAUAUUGAUGGGUCAUUGUGUGAAACUCAUCCUUUUGAAUUUCCUCGUAUAUCCAGGCCGCUUUCAUUCUGCUGCAUUGGAACUAACUCUCCCAAAGUGGCUGGCCUACAACGUCGUCAUCGUCAGAGUUCUUUAUUUGCUGAGAUGGGACCAAUUUACAUAUUUAAGGAACCAAUUGGUCCUGAAAGCAUGGCACGUUUGGCAUCUAGAGGUGGUGAUGUUUUGCCUUGUUUUGGUAAUGGGGCAGGCCUUCCUUGGUUAGCUAUGAAUGACCGCAUUCGUAGCAGAGCAAAGGAAAUCAGUCUUUUGGAUGCGGAGAUUGGAGGAUACAUCCAUCUUCUCUACCAACCCUGUCUGCUUAAUGGACGGUUUUGCCCAGAUGCUUCACCUUCUGGAGCUGCAGGCACACAAAGACGGCCCGCUGAGGUUCUUGGACAAGUCCAUGUUGCUAUGAGAAUGAAGCCGAUGGAGGCCUUCUGGGCCCUAGCUUACGGAGGACCCAUGUGUUUGCUUCCUCUGACUGUUAGCAAUGUGCAUAAAGAUAGCCUGGAGCCAUUACCUGGAAGUCUUCCAUUGUCUUCUGCUACAGCUGCUCUUGCCGCACCUGUAUUUCGAAUUAUCUCUCUCUCUAUUCAACAUCCUGGAAACAAUGAAGAGUUGUGCCGUACCCGCGGACCUGAGAUUCUGGCCAGAGUUCUGAGUUAUCUUCUACAUUCACUCGCAUCUCUUGAUCGGAAGCACGAUGGAGUAGGAGAUGAGGAACUGGUUGCUGCCAUUGUUUCGCUCUGCCAAUCCCAGGAGAUCAAUCAUGCUCUUAAACUGCAGCUCUAUAGUACACUGCUAUUAGAUCUGAAGAUAUGGAGUUUGUGCAAUUAUGGACUCCAAAAAAAGCUAUUGUCAUCCCUUGCCGAUAUGGUUUUCACUGAAGCAUCAACCAUGAGGAAUGCCGAUGCUAUCCAGAUGCUUUUAGAUGGAUGUCGAAGAUGUUACUGGAUGAUUCGUGAAAGGGACUCUGUGAACCCUUUUUCUCUUGAUGGAGAUACACGUCAAAUGGGAGAAGUUAAUGCCUUGGUUGAUGAACUUUUGGUAAUUAUUGAACUUUUAAUGGGAGCAGCAUCUCCUUCAUUGGCUGUUGAUGAUGUCCGUCGAUUACUUGGAUUCAUAACUGACUGCCCACAGCCAAAUCAGGUUGCAAGAGUAUUGCAUCUGAUGUAUAGGCUGGUUGUGCAGCCAAAUGCUGCAAGAGCUAAGACAUUCUCUGGGGCAUUUAUUACAUCUGGUGGAAUAGAAACACUUCUUGUUCUUCUGCAGAGACAAGCAAAAACUGGUGAUUGCGAUAUUCCAGAAUCUAUGAGUAAGAGUGGCCCGGAUGUAGCACCUGACCACAGUGAUCAGAGUCAGAACGAUGGGCCUGAGUCAUUAAAGCAGAUGGAUUCAGAUCCACAAGGCAAUUCGAGUGAGCCAUGCCUUCCUGCUCGUGAUGACGACUGUGUUAAGGAUGAUAAUGUAGGAUUUUUAAAGAUAACAGAGUCAGUUCGACAGGGAAAAGAGCAUGGAUCUGAGCCUAUUGUUCAUAAUAAUGACUCAAUUUCCUUCUCUGAUUCCAGAAAUAUUCAGAGAACAUCAUCUGUUUCUGAAACCCCAUACAGUAAAAACGUUGGUGGUAUAAGUCUUUCGAUAAGUGCAGAUAACGCAAGAAACAAUGUGUACAAUGUUGACAAUAGCGAUGGAAUUGUGGUCGGGAUCAUCAGAUUGAUUGGUGCAUUAAUAUCAAAUGGACACCUGAAGUUUGAUUCAGGUGCUCGUUCCGAUGUGGCAAAUAACCUACUGGGUAGUGGACUCCACGAGAAUGGUGGAACAAUGUUUGAUGAUAAAGUUGCAUUGCUUCUUUUUGCACUUCAGAAAGUGUUUCAAGCAGCUCCAAAUAGGCUAAUGACCGAAAAUGUCUACACAACUUUGCUUGGGGCCUCGAUGAAUGCUUCAUCAACAGAGGAUGACCUGAACUUUUAUGAUCCAGGUCUUCGCUUUGAACAUUCUCAACUUCUGUUAGUCCUCUUGUGGUCUCUUCCAUUUGCAUCUAAGGCUUUACAAAGCCGAGCACUUCAGGAUCUUCUAUUUUUGGCUUGCAGUCAUCCAGAAAAUAGAAGCAGUCUGACAAAAAUGGAGGCGUGGCCUGAGUGGAUCUUGGAAAUCCUUAUUUCGAACUAUGAGAAGGAUGCCGGCAAGCAGUCUGCUUCAGUUGGUUCUGCCGAGCUAGAAGAUCUCGUUCACAACUUCUUAAUCAUAAUGUUGGAGCAUUCAAUGCGUCGGAAGGAUGGUUGGAAGGAUAUUGAGGCUACAAUUCAUUGUGCAGAGUGGCUUUCUAUUGUUGGUGGAUCUAGCACUGGAGAACAACGGAUUAGGCGUGAGGAGUCAUUACCAAUCUUCAAAAGAAGGCUUCUGGGUGGGUUGCUAGACUUUGCCGCCGGAGAGCUGCAGGCUCAGACUCAAUUUAUUGCUAUAGCUGCAGCUGGUGUUGCAGCAGAGGGUCUAGCUCCAAUGGCGGCAAAGGCAGGAGCAGAAAAUGCUGCCCAGCUUUCUGUGUUUCUGGUGGAAAAUGCAGUUGUGAUUCUGAUGCUUGUCGAAGAUCAUCUGCGAUUACAAAGCAAACAGGCUUGUGCAUCACACAAGAUUGAUGCUUCUCCAUCACCUCUUUCUCUUGUUUUUCCUCUGAGCAACCCUAUAAAUACGUUGGCACUGAUAGGAGAAUCAUCUGAGGUUUCCAGUAGUCGUGCAUCACACUCCAGUGAUUCAGGGGGAGUCCCUUUAGAUGUACUUGCUUCAAUGGCCGAUGCAAGUGGCCAGAUUUCUCCAGCAGUAAUGGAGCGUCUUACUGCUGCUGCUGCCGCUGAGCCUUAUGAAUCAGUUUCAUGUGCUUUUGUUUCAUAUGGUAGCUGUGCAUUGGAUUUGGCUGUGGGUUGGAAGUAUAGAAGUCGAUUGUGGUAUGGCGUUGGUCUUCCUUCUAAAACUACUACUUGCUUUGGUGGUGGUGGCAGUGGUUGGGACUCUUGGAAAUCUACUUUAGAAAAAGAUGCUAAUGGAAACUGGAUUGAACUUCCUCUGGUUAAAAAUUCCGUAUCCAUGCUUCAAGCUUUGCUUCUAGAUGAGUCUGGUCUAGGUGGUGGCCUCGGAAUAGGUGGAGGAUCAGGUACUGGGAUGGGAGGAAUGAAUGCCCUCUACCAAUUGCUGGAUAGCGAUCAGCCUUUCUUAUGCAUGCUCCGUAUGGUGCUCCUGGCUAUGAGGGAAGAAGACUAUGGUGAAGAUAGUAUGUUCAUGACAAGUUUAAGUUCUGAAGAUGGUUUCUCUGGUGGAUUGCAUCACCACUCAGGGAAUGCUGUCUCAUUAGAUAACAGUUCCCAUAUGUCAAUGCGACAAUCACGAUCAGCUUUGUUGUGGAGUGUGCUCUCUCCUGUCCUAAACAUGCCAAUAUCUGAUUCGAAGCGGCAGAGAGUAUUGGUUGCUGCAUGCAUUCUUUAUUCCGAGGUAUGGCAUGCUGUAAGCAGGGAUGGGAGGCCACUCCGUAAACAGUAUCUUGAGGCUAUUUUACCACCAUUUGUUGCAGUCCUUCGGAGAUGGCGACCGCAUUUGGCUGGCAUUCAUGAGCUUGCCACUGCUGAUGGUUUGAAUCCCCUUGUUGUUGAUGAUCAUGCCUUGGCUGCCGACACACUUCCUGUAGAGGCUGCUCUUUCUAUGAUGUCUCUGGAGUGGGCUGCUGCCUUUGCAUCGCCACCUGCUGCAAUGGCACUGGCGAUGAUAGCUGCAGGGGCAGCUGGUUGGGAAGCACCGGCUCCUCCAGCACCUUCACAUCUUAGACGGGACUCUUCAUUGCUUGAGCGUAAGACUGCUAGGCUUCAUACAUUUUCAAGCUUCCAGAAACCAUUGGAGGUUCCAAACAAUAAUACACCACCUCGACCAAGAGACAAGGCUGCAGCAAAAGCGGCAGCCUUGGCGGCAGCACGUGAUCUUGAACGGAAUGCAAAGAUUGGUUCAGGAAGAGGACUCAGUGCUGUUGCAAUGGCCACUUCUGCGCAGCGGAGGAAUGCCAGUGACAUGGAGCGUUUACAGAGAUGGAAUAUCUCUGAAGCCAUGGGUGUAGCCUGGAUGGAAUGUCUCCAACCAGUGGACACAAAAUCUAUCUAUGGAAAAGAUUUUAAUGCUUUGUCCUACAAGUUUAUUGCUGUACUAGUAGCUAGCUUUGCUUUAGCACGUAACAUGCAGAGAUUAGAGAUUGACAGGCGGAUGCAAGACGAUAUCAUAGCAAGGCAUCGUCUAUGCAUGGGAAUUCGGGGUUGGCGCAAACUUAUUCAUUAUUUGGUUGAAAUGAAAUGUUUUUUCGGACCUUUUGGAGAUCAUUUAUGCAGUCCCGAACGCGUUUUCUGGAAACUGGACUCCAUGGAAAGUUCUUUGAGGAUGAGACAAUGUCUAAGCAGGAAAUAUUCUGGAACUGAUCAUGUUGGGGCAGCAGCAAACUAUGAUGAUCAGGCAGGGACAAAAAAGGGUCCAGAUGGUAUGUGUUCUCCAUCAAAUGCUCCUGUUCUUGCUGCAGAAGCAAUAUCAAUGGAAAUGAUGUACGAAGAUGAUGAACGAGGGGAGAGUGAUCAUCUUGAUAGCAAAGGCGAUGACGGAGAACAUAGCUGGGAGAAUGGACAGAGGAUGUCUGGAUCACAUGAGCAUGCAGUGAGAAUGUCAGCUGAAACCAGUGAUCCUCAGCCUUUGAGUGACCAAGAUGUGGUCCAAGAUUCUUUAGCAGUAGCACCAGGGUUUGUUCCGAGUGAACUUGAUGAAAUGAUUCGUCUUGAGCUUCCGUCAUCUAUGGUUCGACCACUACGGGUUGUGAGAGGAACCUUUCAAAUCACAACACGGAGAAUAAAUUUUAUCGUUGACAGAGAAGGCCAAAGUUUGGCUGGUAAAUCAGAUAGUUCCUCUGAAUCAGGAGACCAAGAAAAGGAUCGCAGUUGGCCGAUGUCUUCCCUGCAUCAGAUUUAUAGCCGAAGAUAUCUCCUGAGGAGGAGUGCUCUGGAACUCUUUAUGGUUGACCGAUCAAACUUCUUCUUUGAUUUUGGGGAUACUGAAGGACGAAGAAAUGCAUAUCAAGCUGUCAUUCAAGCAAGGCCUCCUCAUCUGAACAAUAUUUACCUAGCAACCCAGAGACCGGAACAACUUUUGAAAAGAACUCAGUUAAUGGAGCGCUGGGCUAGAUGGGAGAUCAGCAAUUUCGAAUACUUAAUGCAGCUCAAUACGCUGGCUGGGCGUAGUUAUAAUGACAUUACUCAGUACCCUGUUUUCCCGUGGAUAAUUUCCAAAUACAAUUCUGAAAGUCUUGAUCUUUCAGACCCUUCUACCUACAGAGACCUAUCCAAGCCGAUUGGUGCAUUGAACCCAGGGCGUCUAAAGAAAUUUCUGGAGCAGUAUUCUAGCUUCGAUGAUCCGGUCAUCCCUAAAUUCCACUAUGGUUCCCAUUACUCAAGUGCUGAAGCUGUGUUGUAUUAUCUGGCUAGAGUUGAGCCUUUUACAACCCUUUCUGUUCAACUACAAGGUGGAAAAUAUGAUCAUGUAGACCGCAUGUUUUCAGACAUUGCAGCCACUUGGAAUAGCGUUCUGGAGGAAAUGAGUGAUGUGAAGGAGUUGGUUCCGGAGUUGUUUUACCUUCCUGAGGUGCUGACCAACGAUAACUCAAUCGACUUUGGUACAAGACAUCUGGGAAAAAUGCUUGAUGCUGUGAAACUUCCUCCUUGGGCUAAAAACCCAAUCGAUUUUGUACACAAGCAACGCAUGGCUCUCGAGAGCGAGCAUGUGUCUGCACAUUUGCAUGGGUGGAUAGAUCUCAUAUUUGGGUAUAAGCAACGGGGCAAGGAAGCUAUACUAGCAAACAAUGUUUUCUUCUACACUACCUAUGAAGGGACUGUUGAUAUUGAUAAGAUCACAGACCCGGUACAACAACGUGCUACACAAGACAAGAUCACUUAUUUUGGACAGACACCAUCCCAGCUCUUGACUAUCCCUCACAUGAAAAGGAUGCCAUUGAAAGAUGUUCUACAUAUGCAGACCAUCUUUCGGAAUCUAAAAGAGGUCAAACCAUAUGUUGUUCCAUCACCUGAACAGUGCAACUUACCUGCCGCGGCCAUCCAGGCAUCUUCAGAUACUGUCGUGAUUGUUGACAUGAAUGUUCCAGCAGCACAUGUUGCAGAGCACAAGUGGCAGCCAAACACCCCUGAUGGCCAGGGUACUCCUUUCCUCUUUCAUCACGGGAAAGCAACAUCAACCUCAACUGGCGGAACACUAGUACGCAUGUUUAAGGGUCCGGUUAAUUCUGGUUCUGAUGAUUGGCAAUUCCCCCAGGCUCAAGCCUUUGCUUCAUCCGGAUAUAGUAAUUCAGCGGUAAUUGCUAUUUUAAAUGAUGGAGAAGAAAUUAUCACCGGUGGACAUGCGGAUAAUAGUGUCAAGCUAGUUUCAUCUGAUGCAGGAAAGACAUUGGAAACGGCUUCUGGGCACUGUGCCCCCGUAACAUGUCUGGCUCUGUCCCCAGAUGACAAUUUUCUUGUGACAGGCUCACGUGAUACUACUGUUCUGCUUUGGAGAAUUCGCAAGUUGUCCACUUCUCGGAUAAAUUUAUCUGAGCUGUCAACUGGCUCGGGAAUUCCAUCAUCCACAGACUGCAGGAAAAAGUGUCACAUUGAAGGGCCGAUACAAGUACUCCGUGGCCAUCGAAGAGAAUUACUUUGCUGUUGUGUUAGUUCAGAUCUAGGAAUUGUUGUUUCGUCCUCUGAGUCCUCAGAUGUUCUAUUGCAUUCGGUGAGAAAAGGGAGGCUGAUCAGACGGUUAGUUGGGGUGGAGGCUCAUUCUCUAUGCAUUUCAUCUGAGGGGGUUAUAAUGGCCUGGAACAGAACGGAAAAUUCUAUUAGCACGUUUACCGUCAAUGGUAUUGUGGUCGCCAAAGCCAAACUUCCUCUCUCUUGUAGCAUCAGUUGCAUGGAAAUAGCUAUGGACGGCCAAAGUGCCUUGAUUGGAAUGAACUCAAAUGCCAGGGACAUGGCUUUGAGUUCAAAGAUGCAUGUAGGUGAAGAAGAUUCGUUAAAUGACAGACUGGAUAUCUCGUCUCCUUCAAUUUGCUUCCUCGACCUAUACACGCUCCAGGUAUUGCAUGUGCUGAAGCUGGCUCAAGGACAGGAUAUUACCGCUCUGACUUUGAACAAUGACAACACAAAUCUUUUGGUUUCCACUGCAGAUAAACAGUUGAUAAUCUUCACUGAUCCAGCUUUGAGCGAGAAGGCGGUGGAUCAGAUGCUGAAGCUUCGCCAGGAAGGAAAGGGCCUCAACCCCUUGAUAAAAUCAUAGAAAUCCAUGGCAUUGUGCCGCGGAAAUUGUCAAGUUGGAUACCGGAGUUGCAUUUCCGUCCAUAGGAACCUUAACCAGACGAUCAAAAAUUCAGGUCAUCAAUGAUUGCUCGUCUUGGCAUGUGCAAGAACACGUAUGUACAUGCUCUCAUCAGGCAGAUUCUUCGUCCGAAACAACAUAUGUAGUUCGUGUUUUGUCCUUUCGAGAUUCUUCCAAAGCGUUCCAGAGAUCUGAUGAUGAUGAUCCAUCACAGUGCGCAGAGAGAGAGAUUCGUGAAGUAUAUACAUCCGGAGCUUGGGCUUUACUGUCUUUGCUCUUCCUUUAGAAUAGGAUGGAAUAUACGUAGUUGUUGGUGCUCAUGUUGAGGCGACACUUAUUACAUGGCGUUAUAUUAAUUUAUUACAUUCAUUCAUUAAAGAGGAAUUGUGAUAACUACAUUAAAUUGUGUGAAUUUUGUUUUACUCCUU